AUGUAUGCUCUCUGAAAUGGGUCAAUACAAGAAAAAUUUAUACCGAGAAAAUGCUCGCUCUAUUAGUGUCUAUUUGUACCAUUCUGUUCGCCACUGCCCAUGCAGAUCAUCCUCUUGGACAAAGAGAUGCAGAGUUAGGGCCCUUCGAAAAGGCGGUCGUAGAGACCUUAUUGGAAUGCGCAAACACUGCUGGUUUAAACAUAUCUGCAAUAAUUGAUUCAAAUGAGGUAACGGACAAUGGAACGAUCGAUUUAUCAAAUCUAACCGCAACCGGAUCUACCAAUGCAAGGGGAAUAUCACCUAGGGAUGGAAGUGAGGAGCCUGUUAAAUUUGACAUUACCGAAGUCAUACGUAUCCUGACUCAGGAGCUCCCAUUGGGUAUUGUAAGCUCGACUCUAAAAGGAGUGCUUAACUUGCUCAAAUCUCUGCUUGUAAUACCAGAAGUUAUAAUAUGUUUAGUAGCUAAACUGCCAUUCGUAUGCGCCGUAUUGUCACGUUUGACUUUCCUGCCAAUUGUAGGACCAACGUUUGGGAAAAUGUGUCCUCCCAAACGUGGCCUGUAAAAUUUCUGUUACGUUGACACAUUUUUCAAACCCAAAAAUAAAUUUAAGUUCAUUUUUU